AUGAGGACAUCGCUGCGGAUAUCGGGCGAGAUCAGGGUACCCGGGCUGAUCGAAGGACGGCAUCCACCGGCACCCUACCUGAGCCUCGCCGACUCCGUACAGCUCCUCGUCGACUUCCUGCGCAAGGGAAAGGGUAAGACGACGCUGCUGACGGGCGCAGGGAUCAGUGUGGACAGUGGGAUCAGGGCGUACCGAGGACCUGGCGGGACCUACACCAUCCGCAAGCACCGACCAAUCUUCUACGGCGAAUUUAUCCAGGAUGAAGCGAUGCGCCGGCGGUAUUGGGCCCGUAGUUUCCUCGGAUACCCGCCAGUACGGAGAGCGGAAAGCAAUCCGACGCAUUACGCCAUGGCGGCUCUGCAAAAGAUGGGUUACCUGUCGAGUCUGAUCACACAAAACGUCGACGGCCUGCACCACCGCGCCUACUCGGACGAUCUCUCGCUCUACCUCUCGCCUCCCUCCGUCAAGCCCACCGAAGCGCCGGACGCCCCACUCCCUCCACUCGACCCCGCCAUCCUCGAGCUGCACGGCACCCUACGUCACGCCCACUGCCUCUCCUGUCACACCCCCGUCGGGCGCGACUCGUUUCAAGACCGAUUAUCGGAACUGAAUCCUGCGUGGCACGAGUUCCAGAAGGAGGUUGAGUCGGGUAAGAGGGAGGAGAAGUUGAAUCCGGAUGGAGAUAUCGAGUUGGGUCCCGGAGUACGGUAUGAGGACUUUCAGGUGCCGGCUUGCGAUCACCGCGUCAUCUUCUUCGGCGAAUCCCUCGAACCCCUCACCCGCCGCCACUCCGAACACUUCGUCUCCUCCGCCUCGCAACUCCUCGUCGCCGGUUCCUCCCUCGCCACUUUCUCCGCCUACCGCCUCGUCCGGCAAAUGAAAGAGCAAGGCGGGCCCGUCGGACUGAUCAACGUCGGCGAGUCGAGGGCGGAUCCGAUUGUGGAUUGGCGCGUCGGGUGGGAGGGAGGUGCGGGUGAUAUAUUCCCUGAGGCGGUGAAGGAGUUGCUGAAGGAUGAGAAGAGGCCGGAUGUCAAGGCGGAGGUGGAGAGGAUGUUGAAGGCUGGCAAGGUAAGGAAAGUGCCGCCUGGGCCUGCGGCGUCUUAG